AAAAGGUCAUCAGAGAAGAAAAAUGGCUAACGGAGGAAGCAAUGGCAGAAAACUUUUGAUUACAGUGUUGUACAUGGUCGCCGUGUGCAGCGCCGUUCCCAUCAGUGACCUGCUUGACCGAGCCUCUCAGCACUCGGACAAACUGCACUCUCUCAGCACGACACUCAGCCAUGAGCUGGACUCUCAUUUCCCUCCCGUAGGCCGGAUGAUCAUGCCUCGGCCUGCAGUGUGCCACACAUCCUCACUGCAGACACCCAGUGACAAGGAGCAAGCCCUUCAAGUACCUGAGUCGGAUUUGCUCUCCCUGGCUCGCUCCUUACUCCAAGCCUGGGUAGACCCCCUGGGGGUCCUGUCGUCUUCGGCCAACACCCUGCCUCACCCGGCCCAAAGUAAAAUAAUAAACAAGAUCCAAGAGUUGCAGGAACAUUCCAAGAGCCUGGGAGAUGGCCUGAACAUCCUCUCUGGCAAGAUGGACCAGGCGGCUCAGACCAUCUCCUCACUGCCCUACAGAGGAGGAGGCAAUGACGGACAGGACAGGAUAUCCAAGCUGACCAAGUUCAAUUUCCUCUUGUCCUGCUUCCGCCGCGACUCCCAUAAAAUUGACAGUUUUCUCAAAGUCCUCCGUUGUCGGGCAGCAAAACUGCAACCCCACUUGUGCUAAACACUGCCCAGC